GCCGCCGCCGCCGCCGCCGGGGCCCGUGAGCGCCGCCGGGAUGAGCGCCCUCGCCUUCGACGACGCGGCCCUGGACGGGCUGGCCCCGGUCCUGGACGGGCUGGCGCCGUCCCUCGGCCUCGUCGGGGCCAGCGACAUCGACACGGCGCUGCUCAGCGACAUCGACGACAUGCUGCAGCUGAUCAACGCGCCCGACAGUGACUUCCCGGGGCUGUUCGACCCGCCGUUCGGCGCCCCCGACGGCGCCGGGCCCCCCGGCCUCCCGCCCGCCCCCGGCGCCCUCGGCACCUACCUGGGACCCGGCAAGCCGCCCGCCGCCGGCGCGUUCCCGGGGCCGCCGGCCCCCUUCGCCCCGCAGCCCCCGGCCCCGCUGCCGCCGGGCGUCAAGGAGGAGCCCGCGGCCGGCGGCCAGCCCCAGGCCGGCGUCGUGCUGGCGCCCAGCUUCGUCCCCGCGUCCCCCGGCCAGUUUGGCCCCCAGCCCUUGGUGGGCUACCAGCACGGCUUCCCCGCCGUGCAGCCCGGGGGGGCCGGGCAAUCGCUGCAGAGCCCCCCGGCCGCCCCGCCGCCGCUCCAGCCCGUCGCCGGGCCGGGCGCCACGCCGAGCGCGGCCACCCCGCAGCUGCUGGCCCCCGCCGUCGCCCAGCCCGUCUCGCCCCAGAUCCAGCCGGUGCCGGUGCUGCUGCAGCCCCACUUCAUCAAGGCCGACUCGCUGGUGCUGACGGCCGUCAAGGCGGACGCCGGCGGCGCCAAGGCCUCCCUCGCCGGCGGCGGUGCCGGCGGGCCGGCCGCCCCGCUGCAGGUGCCGGCGCUGGUGAGCGGCGGGACGAUCCUGGCCACGGUGCCGCUGGUGGUGGACGCCGACAAACUGCCCAUCAACCGGCUGGCGCCCAGCGGGAAGCCGGCGCUGGUGCAGAGCAAGGGGGAGAAGCGCACGGCGCACAACGCCAUCGAGAAGCGCUACCGCUCCUCCAUCAACGACAAGAUCGUGGAGCUCAAGGACCUGGUGGUGGGCACGGAGGCCAAGCUGAACAAGUCGGCGAUCCUGAGGAAGGCCAUCGAUUACAUCCGCUUCCUGCAGCAGAGCAACCAGAAGCUGAAGCAGGAGAACCUCGCCCUGAAGAUGGCCGUGCAAAAGAACACCCGCUCUGCUCCCCCAGAGUCCCUCAAGGAGCUGGUGGCCUCGUGCGGCGGCAGGGCCAAGGCGGAGGCGCCCGCGGAGGCGGCCAAGGCGGAGGUGACGGAGAUGCCGACGCCGCCGCCCUCGGACGUGGGCUCGCCGUCCCGCUGCAGCCCGCUCUCGCUCGGCAGCGGCGGCAGCAGCACCAGCAGCAGCGACUCGGAGCCCGAGAGCCCCCUCUUCGAGGACGCCACGGCGGGCGGCGCGGGGCUCCCCGGCGCCGCGUGCCCGCAGGUCAAGCAGGAGCGCCCGCCGCCCUCGCCCGGCACCCAGGGCAUGCUGGACCGCUCCCGCAUGGCCUUCUGCGCCUUCGUCUUCCUCUGCCUCUCCUUCAACCCGCUGGCCUCCCUGCUCCGGGGCGCUGGGACCCCGGCCCCCGCCGAGAGCCCCGGCGCCGCCGGCCCCGGCAGGAGCAUCAUGGCCGAGCCGGCCUCCAGGGAGGAGCCCUGGGGGUGGUCGCAGUGGCUCUGGCCCACCCUCGUCUUCUGGCUGCUGAACGUGGCGGUGGUGCUGGGCGCCGUGGUCCGGCUCUUCGUCUACGGCGAGCCCGUCACCCGCCCGCACUCGGAGCCCUCCGUGCUCUUCUGGAGGCACCGCCGCCAGGCCGACCUCGACCUUGCCCGGGGGGACUUCGCCCAGGCGUCGCAGCACCUGUGGACGGCGCUGCGGGCGCUGGGGCGGCCGCUGCCCGCCUCGCACGGCGACCUGGCCUGCAGCCUGCUCUGGAGCCUGCUGCGGCACCUGCUGCAGCGCCUCUGGGUGGGCCGCUGGCUGGCCGCCCGCGCCGGGGGGCUGCGCCGCGACCCGCCGCCCCGCGCCCACGUGCGCCAGAGCGCCGGCCACGCCGCCAUGGCCUACCACCGCCUCCACCAGCUGCACCUCACCGGGAAGCACGCCGGGGGGCACCUGCUGGCCAUCAACCUGGCGCUGAGCGCCGUCAACCUGGCCGAGUGCGCCGGUGACGCCGUCUCCGUGGCCGCGCUGGCCGAGAUCUACGUGGCGGCCGCCCUCCGCAUCAAGGCCAGCCUCCACCGCUGCUUCCACUUCCUGGCGCGCCCCUUCCUCUGCAGCGCCCGGCGCGUGGCCCUCUCGCACAGCGGCGCCGUGCCCCCCGCCAUGCAGUGGCUCUGCCACCCCUUGGGCCACCGCUUCUUCGUGGACGGCGACUGGGUGGUCAAGGGCCCCCCCAGGGAGAGCAUCUACAGCUCCGCCAGCAACCCAGUGGACCCCCUGGCGCAGGUGACCCAGCUCUUCCGCGAGCACCUCCUGGAGAAGGCGCUGUGCUGCGUGGCCGUGCCGGAGCCCCGCCGCCCCGCGGCGCGCCGAGAGGGGCGGUUCUCCGACGCGCUGGAGUACCUGCAGCUGCUCAACGGCUGCUCCGACGCCGGCGGCGCCCCCGGCCCGGCGCCCUCCAUCAGCUCCGGCCUGGCGGCCGUCACAGGUGAGACCGGCGCGGGGCUGCCCCACGGGCCCCCCCCACCCUCACCCCGCGCCGGGUCGGGUGCAGGGGGGAGCUGGGGAAGGCGCCGGGCGCCGCGGGCGCCGCCGGGCACCGCGCUCCCGCGUCCCUCCCGCCCGGCAGGCACCGACCCCGUGUCCAAGUGGUGGGCGGCCGUCCUCGGCACCGUUAUUCACUGGCUGCAGGGAGACGAGGAGGGGGCCGAGCGCCUCUACCCGCUGGUGGAGACCAUGCCGCGGGCGCUGCAGAGCUCCGACAAGCCCCUGCCCCGCGCAGCCCUGCACUCCUUCAAGGCCGUGCGGGCCCUGCUGAGCAAGCAGGACGGGAGCCAGGCCAGCCUGAGCCAGUGCGAGAAAGCCAGCGGCUACCUGCGGGAGAGCCUGGACUUCGGCGGCGCCGCGGCGGCCGCCAUCGACAAGGCGGCCCAGCUCCUCUUCUGCGACCUGCUGCUCGUCACCCGCACCAACCUGUGGCAGCAGCAGAUGAGCGUGAGCCGGCAGCUCGGCUGCGUCUACCAGGCGUCCGCCCUCGAGCUCCGCGGCUUCCAGCAAGACCUCAGCAGCCUGCGGCGCCUGGCGCAGACCUUCCGGCCCGCCAUGCGCAGGGUGUUCCUGCACGAAGCCACCGCCAGGCUCAUGGCGCGGGCCAGCCCCACGCGCACCCACCAGCUGCUGGACCGCAGCCUGCGCAGGAGGGGGGUGCAGGGCACCAAAGCGGCCGGCGAGCCGGAGAGCCACCCCACGCCGCGGGAGCACGCCGAAGCCCUGCUGCUGGCCUGCUGCUACCUGCCUCCGAGCUUCCUGGCGGCGCCGGGCCAGCGCGUGGGCAUGCUGGCCGAGGCCGCCCGCACCCUGGAGAAGCUGGGGGACAGACGGACACUGCACGAUUGCCAGCAGAUGAUUAUCAAGCUGGGCAGCGGCACCACGGUCACGUCCGGCUAGCUGGGGCGGGGGAGGCAGGCAUGUGCCGUCCCCCCCCGCUCCCUUCCCUCCCCCGGCUCUGCGGCCCGGGCGAGGCGGUGGCGG